GACACAACUCCAUCAUUUUUGACACUAUUACAAAAUGGCUUUUGGCAAAUCCUCCGACGUCAAGCGAAUCAAGAACGCGGUCCUCGAGGACCGCAUGCUUCGAACCCACGAGCGCGCGACCCAGCGAACCAACAAACUCUGGAAGAGGAAAUGGGGCUGGGUUCUGGACGAAUACGAGGAGCUGCACCGGAAGCUGGAGGAAAUCUCGAAGACCUCGGAGUUCUUGAACGAAGUUAAUAAGGACACGGGAGAGAAGGACCGCAGGAGCAUCGCUCCUGUUCCGCAGACCACCAACCACCAGUACGGGUGGAUACCCAGCAAGCCGGAGUUCGGGUUGGAGAAGUACGGGCCGGAUGUGGACAAGCCGCCGCCGCUGCCCCCGAACUACGGGAUAUUCAAAGGGGUGUGAAAAUCGGAGACGGGGUUGCGUAAUCUUGCUUGUAAUU